AUUAGGGGACCCUGCGCGUCUUGGAUUCAUGUUUGAAAUCGCCUCCAAUCACCUCCACCAGCCCGACCUCUCCUUGUCCUCGACAUAUCGAAGAAUAAUAUAUUACCCAUCUCGAAUAAACAAAGGAAACUUUGUCUACAACAUAAAAACGAAAGAAGCAGACUCUGCACAAUGGCGCCUCAAGGGGAGAGCAGCUCGAAAGAGAAACGACUGACAUCAAUAACGCCUCGAAAGUUUACUCGAUUCUUUACUCCAAGGUCCCAUGGCCCCAGUGCAGCAGGAUCAUCGAGGAGGAUUCUCUUUGAUGUAACCGCACCGGCGAACAAUCGAAGGGGCGUACAGUCAAGUCCCAUCCGACCACUCAACACGAUUGCGGACCAAGAAAAUAGCCCAAUUUCAUUUACUCGAGAUAUGAAGAGGCGGAAACUUCUACAUACUCCUGAACCGACCUUGUCAGAGAAAAACUCUCCAUGUGACGACCCAUUUAGCAGCCAUGUGGGGGAUAUGACACCAGAAUAUGGCUAUUUUUCUAGUUUUGCCGCUGAGGGCUUUGAAAGAUCCACCUGCGAACUAUCCACACAUCUAGACUACGACGACGAUGCUCCCAGGUGUACAAUUAGUGAGGAGCCAAGUAUAGGGCGCUAUGCACUGCCAAUCCGAAGGGCAGCUUCUCGGGGACUGGCAGGCAACUUACUCCGCUCACGGCAUGGUUCAAUACCUUCGCGUCGGCAUGACACUAGUUCUCCUAUUUCUGACUGGCAAGAUGAAACUGCGUCGUUCUAUUCUCGCCCUGCAGACACACAUUUCUGCAGUAGUAUAGAGGGGCCCGACCGCUGCAUACCUUUUUGUGUAGCAAGCUGCAACACAAACUCCCUAAUGGCUGUCGGCGACGAGGAAGGCCGCAUACGGAUACUGGAAUCUGCAAAGGAGAGCCAACCUGCUUUCAAAGACAUCUACGUUUCCUUUCGGCCGCAUUCCAAUGCCAUCAUCGACAUGUGUUUCUCCCAAGAUGAUUCCCUCAUCGCAACCGCCUCCGGCGACCAAACCUCCAGAGUAAUCGAUAUGGCCACCCAAACAACAAUAUCAGUCCUCAGCAACCACACCGCCUCCCUCAAACAAGUCCGCUUCCAACCCGGCGCAGCCAACAAUAGCGUCCUCGCAACAUCCAGCCGAGACGGCAGUGUCCAGAUCUGGGACCUCCGAUGCAAAGGCAUGGAAGGCCCCGUUCAAAGCAUCCAAAUCCCCCUCGACCCCCUCGACAACCCCCUCCAACCCGCCCCUCCCUCCAGAUUAAACUACGGCGCCGCAAUAAACGGCAUCUACCAAGCCCACCGCUCCGCCGCCCCUUCCCGCUCCCUGCCCCCUCUCACCUCCACCGACGGCCCAACCCGCGGCGAGAUCCCAGGGCGCGCAGGCGACGUCUCCAUCACAGCACUCACCUUCCUCCCAGCAGGGCACGAGCACCUUCUUCUCACGGCCUCCGAAUCUAAUGCUACCGUCAAGCUCUGGGACAUCCGCUCACUCCAGCGCCCUCGCCGCCCUCCUACUGCCAUAUCCUCCACGGCUCUCCCGCGGAGCCACAGCCAGUGGCGGCACUUCGGGGUCAGCUCGCUGAACAUCAGCGGCGAUGGGGGUAGGCUCUACUCCUUAUGCAAGGAUAACACCGUGUACGCAUACUCGAUGGCACAUCUCAUUCUCGGGCGCGCACCGGAUCUAGCAUCGAGGAAUCCGCCGCGCAGACAUGCGUUAGCGAGGGAGCAGGAGGGGUUGGGUCCGCUGUAUGGGUUUAGGCAUAAGAAACUGCAUGUUACGUCUUUCUAUGUCAAGUCAGCCCUUCGCGAGGCGAGGGAGGGGAAGGCGGAGAUGCUGGCGGUGGGGAGUAGUGAUGGGUGUACCAUCUUGUUUCCUACUGAUGAGCGGUAUCAUCGUGGUGCGGGUGCUGCUCCCAGUUCGGCGGCGUUGGAUAUCGAGUCCGAUGAUGGGCAACCGCAACUCCCGCCUCUGCGAACACAUAGUGAUGCCCCUAGAGUCGCUGAUGAUAUCCCUAUCUACACCAACGGAACCCCCCUUGUGCGCGGACAUGAUAGGGAGGUAGGCGCGCUGACGUGGACGCGGGGGGGUGAGCUGGUCACUGUUGGGGAUGAUUUCUUGGUGAGGUGCUGGAGGGAGGGGGAGGGGGCGAGGGAUUUGAGGAUGGGUGGUGAGGAGGGAGGGAGAAGAUGGGGGGCGGGAUGGGCAGAGGUGGAGGGGGGGUAUGAUGAUGAUGAGGAGUAA